ACGCCUUCAGCUCUAUAGCUUCACGAAAAAGGAGCAGAAAAACCAUCUGGGCCGGUGCUGCAGCUGCUACUUCAAAUCCUGUCUCCACCUAUAGGAAAGCAGCAACGUGCACGCGACUCAGGUUUCAUGGAGAUAAAACUGAGUGGAGUGAUAACGGCACAAAGGAAAAUGUCCAGAUGACGGUACAUCAUGCCGUGUAACCAUGCCGACAUAGCAGGCUGAACAUUUGAUUUACAGCUCAACAACGCACCUUUCCUCCUGGCGCUACACACCUGCCAUCCGUCCAGCCAUGAUGUUGAGGAGGAAGCUCUACUCUUCCAUGGUGAUUUUCAUCAUCGCCUUCCUCUGGUUUCUCGCCAGUCAGAGCAUCCAGAGGAGACAUCCUCCGCCUCUACUGGUAUUUUCACCCAGCAGUCAGGCCAUGCCCAGCAUGAAAAAGACAGUGGUUGAACACACAAUGGAUCCUGUGACCCUUGACACAAACACAUUCCUCAGGUCUUGUGGUUGUUCUGGGUCCUGUAUUUCUGACCUGGGAAAGUCGGACUGGUUCAGCCAACACUAUGACCCCCAACAGCAGCCUGUCCUCCGAGUCGCCAACAACAGCUUUGACCCCGAUGCCCUCAGAUGGUGGCUGGGUCUUCAACAGUCUGAUAAAGACCAGACUCUAGAGAAAGUGAUAUCAAAGAUGUUUCAAGUCAUUUCCCCGCCCACUAUGGACUUCAGGCCCCUCCCCUCCCGUUGCAGGAGUUGCGCAGUGGUCGGGAACUCCGGCAACCUGCAACAGUCUGGACACGGCAACCUAAUAGACACCCAUGACUUGGUGAUCCGGAUGAACAAGGCAGUGACUCAAGGGUUUGAGAAAGAUGUUGGGAACCGGACGACCCAUCACUUCAUGUACCCGGAGAGUGCAGUGGACAUUAAUCCUGGAGUCAGCCUUGUCCUACUGCCGUUCAAACAGAGAGACCUAGAGUGGCUGACCAGCGCACUGUCUACCGGCAAGGUCAAAAUGACCUACAUGAGGGUUAAAGACAGAGUGGAGGCUGAUAAAGACAAGGUUUUGGUGGUGAACCCGAUGUUCUUCAAGUACAUUCAUGAUCAGUGGACCAAACAUAAUGGUCGCUACCCAUCCACUGGCAUGGUGGCCAUCAUCUUUGCUCUGCACACCUGUGACCAGGUGUCUGUGUUUGGUUACGGUGCCGACAGCAAGGGGAACUGGCAUCACUACUGGGAGAACAAUCCCAAUGCUGGAGCCUUCAGGAAGACUCAUGUUCACAGUGGUGAGUACGAAGCGUCCGUCAUCCACCGACUCGCCAAAGAAGGCAAGAUCACCUUGCACCUCUGACAUGACAACCAACCAGCUGACCUACAGCCAGACCAGCAGACAUGCUAACUAAUGGACUGACGUGCUGUCAGACCUACAGCCCUGAAGCCUCACCUAAAAACCGGCUGAACUGCAGACGGUGUCAGCACACUUAGCUCUCCUCUCACUGCAAGUAAAACCAAACCUGAGCUGCUCUAGAUAGUAGAUGGCUGCGACAUUUGGCCUCGUUUUUGAGGAUUUGGACAGGAAUCAGACCCGUGUAGUUUUGCAAGUCAGUCAUCACAAUUUUUGAAUAAGACAUCCUGGCAUGCUGGAUUGAGACUGCUGUUGGGCUGAGAUAUUUUUUUAAAAACCUGACUUAUGUGUGGACAAAGCCAUGGGGGUGGGGGUAGGAAAAAGUGCCACCUUUUGGCUGCCAGGUGUUGCUUGGUUUCAUCCCUGUGCAGACUCCUGCUGCUUUAAAUGAGUUCCUGCUCAACGUAAACAAGGAAAGACUGUUUUUUGGGACUCUCCACUAUUCAAACAGACCGUCCUGCCAUUUGCGACUGCGAGGAUUGACCACACAAAUGUUGCUGUGAUUCGGGAAACAACCACGGACUUUUUUUAAUUAUAGAGUUUUAUAGACUCUUUGCAGGGAGAACCGCUUUUCCCUCCAAUCUAAGCACUUUGCGUUGAAGGAAAAAAUGAAGCCGUGAUGUUCUGUUCAACCACAUUAAGACUUUUUAUAUCAUUUAUAAUCCAUCCAUUUAGUCUAUCUUAACACAAACCGCCCUGUUCUAGAGGAUUCUCACAUACUGGAACUGGAGGCAGUUUUAUUUUUUUUCCUCUCUUCGUAAGAUCACUUCCUGUCUCAAUUACAUAUAUAUAUAUAUGGAGGCAAUAAGUGGGAGGAACCUGCUUUAGGUUCUUUCAGACAGAUUUUUGGCUGAGUUUACAGUUUAAAAUGAACUAAACACUAGUAAGAUUUUUUUUUUUUUUAAAGUAGGGAUGCAAUUAUUUUAAAUUGAUAGCUGGCCAGUUGGCAGGGUUGUACAUAGGAGUGGGUGUGUUUAUUUGUGCUUUAGAACACAACUGCUGCACUAAAAUUUAAAACAAUUACCUACCCCAUUAACAAAUAGUUGAAUAUUUGGGUCCAGCCCUAUUAAUAACAUGUAGAAAAUGUGCAAACAAUACAAUAAGAGCCCAUUGCAUGCUUGUUUUUGUUUUUUGACUUAUCUA